GAGAAGAAGAGUGCCUCAAAAGUCACUUCGUUCGAUUGAAACUUCAAAACAUUUUUCCCAAUUCAUCAAACAAACAAAACCCAUCACCACACACAACGACAACGACCACGCACUCUCCUUUCUGUUCUCUUAUCUUCCCAAUUUCCACGAUACCCUAGAACUCAAGAAUCUUUCCCUACCCAAUUUCUUACUAAUUCACUUUAAAUCGGAUCGAGAAAACCCAUUCAAAACCCUAAAUUCAACAGCUUUUAAGUUCUUGACUUGUUGGAGUCAUGUGGGACGAGUUCACCAAUUGAAAAAGGUUUGAGUUCCGAUUGUUACUCAAGUUGGAAAGAUGUCUGUUGAGAGAUCAUUUGAAGCAUGGGAAGAGGUACAGCGUCACGGAUUAGAUUUAGCUGAUAGAUUAACACAAGGGUUUACAGGUUUGAUUCAAUCUCACAUCACCCCUCCAUCAUUCACAUGGCCAAACGCUCACCCACCCAAGCUGUUUGAUGUCGAGUUCCCUACUCAGAAUUUCGUUACAAGAGAUCUAGGGCUUGUAAUUGAGAAAACCAGUUAUGGAAUUAAUGGGGUUUCUGCGAUUUUUGAUAUUGGGAAUAGGUUAGGUCAAGCUGGGGUGGACUUUGGGGCAAAUUUAAACGGCGUUGUUCAGCAGUUCUUCAGGAGGUUGCCGGUGCCAUUCCGGCAUGAGGAAGAUACGGUGGUGUUAAGGGUGGAUACCGGCGUUCAAAGAACUGCUGAUUUGGGGGUUAAUAUGCAGGUUCAUGAGGAUCUUGGUGCGUUGACGAAAAGGUUUAAAGAUUUUGGGUUCAACGAAACUGAAAAAGUGAAAGACGAGUCUGAUGAAGAUGAGGUUUCUGGAUUUAACUUGAAGCUUGCUCGAUUUUCAGGCAAAUCUCAGGGAAUACUCAACAUCUCAUCAACAUUUGAUAGUCGAACACAUGAUGUGGAGAGUUCUUUGGUUGCAAGGGGAGAUUUUUGGAGGGUAGAAGCGUCACAUGGACGUGCCACGUCAGCAAACGAGAAUCCAUCUCUAUUUCUUGUCCAGCUUGGACCUGUACUUUUUGUUCGUGAUUCUACUCUUCUUUUACCUGUUCAUUUGUCAAAACAACAUUUGCUUUGGUAUGGUUAUGAUAGAAAGAAUGGAAUGCACUCACUUUGCCCAGCUGUGUGGUCGAAACAUAGAAGGUGGCUUUUGAUGUCCAUGAUUUGCCUCAAUCCUUUGGCGUGUUCAUUUAUGGAUUUACAGUUUCCAAAUGGUCAACUAACGUAUGUGGCUGGUGAAGGCGUAUCUACAAGUGCUUUUUUACCACUUUUUGGUGGUCUUCUUCAAGCUCAAGGUCAAUAUCCAGGAGAAAUGAGGUUCAGUUUCUCAUGCAAGAAUAAUUGGGGAACGCGAAUUACACCAAUGGUACAAUGGCCGGAAAGAUCGUUUACAAUGGGAUUCGAACAAGCUUUAGCUUGGAAAAGAUCUGGUCUCAUGGUUAGACCAACUAUCCAACUCAGCUUACACCCAACUGUUGGUGGGAGCAAUCCGGGAGUGAAGGCGGAAGUUGUGCAUUCGGUGAACGAGAAUUUGAAUCUCAUUGGUGGUUGUUCCUUAGCAUCACAUCCCUCAGCAUUUGCAUCACUCUCUGUAGGAAGAUCGAAGUGGAAUGGGAAUGUUGGAAGAUCAGGGAUAGUGUUAAAAGUUGAAACGCCUCUAGGAAAUGGAAGUGUUGCUCAACCUUCGUUUUCUGUUCAGUUAAAUAGCGGCAUAGAAUUUUGAUCCAUGUAUGUCGAUAUAAAUCUUUCUUUUUUUGAAAAACACACGUAUCUUUAAUGUAUAUAUAUGAUUCGUGUGAAUGAAUUCUUCUCCACUUUUCUUUUC